AUGGUUGCAAAGCUGCCUGAUCACAUCCCUUUUCCCUCCAUCUGCAGUGCUGUUUUGUCAGCGCUUGGGAGUCUCCUAUCACAGGUCAUUGAGAGAAGCCAAAAAGAGCCAGAGUCACCCAAAAGCCUGGACCUGAGUAGACCAUUGAGAUUUGCCAUCUAUAGCUUCCUGUUCACAGGGCCACUCAGUCACUAUUUCUACCUGUACCUGGAACAGCUGAUCCCAUCAACUGUCCCCUUUGCAAUGAUCAAGAGGCUUCUGCUCGACCGCCUGAUCAUUGCUCCAGCGUUCCUGCUGCUCUUCUUCUUUGUCAUGAAUCUGCUUGAGGGGAAGGACUUCUCUACAUUUGCUAAAAAGAUAAAGAAUGGCUACUGGACAGCACUCAAAAUGAACUGGAAAGUAUGGACCCCAUUCCAGUUUAUUAAUGUCAAUUAUGUCCCAAUGCAGUUUCGAGUACUCUUUGGGAACCUCAUUGCGCUCUUCUGGUUUGCCUAUCUGGCCACUAUCAGGAAGUGAUAGCAUCAUGAUUUGGAGUAGUUGACAUUGGUCAUCUGAUAGUCCACAGCCCCCAUGGCAAACCAAGGAGCAUCUUACAAGAACUGACACUACAGCAAAUCCUUCAGGAUUGAACACUUUUUGAAUACUGCUCUCAUUGCGAAGAGUGCCUAACUCAGUGAAUGGUGGGUCAAUCCCUGGCUGUGGCAUUCUGACACUAUUGUAAUACAAAUUAUGUGUUAGCAUUUAAUCCUUCUGUGCCUCUCAAGUGGUGCUUAAUCAAUAAUGAUCAACUGUCAGGGCUAAAAAAAAGAAAACUAUGUUUUUAAUAUUCAUUUUUAAUUAUAAUAAAGUUAUCACUUCUUACAUCA